AUCUCUCCUAUUCCCCUUAUAACUAAUAGCAAUUAACCGUACCUUUGUCAACUAAGAUGCAAGAAACUAACCAUUUAACCUUAAUAUCUUCAAUCACAUAUGUAUUUUACAAGAUCCUCCCAUUCUCACUGAUCUUUUUCUCAUGGAUCUUAAUGUAUCGUUGGAGACAAAGAAAUCAAAGAGGUCCAAAGAAAUGGCCAAUCAUCGGUGCCACAAUCGAACUACUAAGGAACUACAAUCGCAUGCACGAUUGGCUUGCAGAUUACCUCUCAGAGUCGAAGACCAUAUCAGUCUCUCUACCCUUCACAACGUAUACCUACAUUGCAGAUCCGGUAAAUGUUGAACAUAUUCUUAAGGUUAACUUCAGCAAUUACCCCAAGGGAGAGUUAUAUCGUUCGUAUAUGGAUGUUCUUCUUGGAGAUGGGAUCUUCAAUGCAGAUGGAGAGAUGUGGAAGAAGCAAAGAAAGACUGCUAGCUUCGAGUUUGCUUCAAAGAACCUGAGAGACUUCAGUACCAUUGUAUUUAGAGAAUAUGCAACAAAGCUCUCCAGUAUCUUAUGCCAGGCAUCAAUUGCUAACGAAAGCAUAGAUAUGCAGGAUUUGUUCAUGAGGAUGACACUAGAUUCAAUAUGCAAGGUUGGAUUCGGCGUUGAGAUUGGGACUCUGUCACCUGAACUCCCUGAUAACACCUUUGCACAUGCUUUUGAUACAGCAAACAUCAUUGUCACACUGAGGUUUGUUGAUCCUUUAUGGAGAAUAAAGAGAUUUCUUCGAGUAGGGUCAGAAGCCCUUCUUGAAAAAUGCAUCAAGGUUGUGGAUGAAUUCACCUACGAUGUGAUUAGGAAAAGGAAAUCGGAGAUUGUGGAAGCCGGAGGAAAUGGAACCAGAAAUAAGGGACAAAUGAAGAAUGACAUACUAUCAAGAUUCAUCGAGCUAGGAGAAGACCCAGAAAGUGAUUUCAGUGACGAUAAGAGCCUCAGAGAUGUUGUCCUAAACUUCGUAAUCGCUGGAAGAGACACAACAGCCACAACCCUUUCUUGGUUUGUCUACAUGAUCAUGACUCACCCUCAUGUAUCAGCUAAAAUAUACUCAGAGCUCAAGGCAUUCGAGGAACGACAAGCCAAAGAAGAGAAGGUCACUUUAACCUCGUACGAAGCUGAUGAUAUCAAUUCCUUCAACAAAAGGAUUUCACAGUUUGCUAGCCUCUUGAAUUAUGAUUCUUUAGCAAGGUUACCUUAUCUUCAUGCAUGUAUCACUGAGACUCUCAGGCUCUAUCCUGCAGUCCCUCAGGAUCCUAAAGGAAUUCUAGAGGAUGAUGUGUUGCCUGAUGGGACGAAAGUGAAGACUGGAGGAUUGGUAACAUAUGUGCCAUAUUCAAUGGGAAGAAUGGUGUACAACUGGGGAGAAGAUGCAAAAUCUUUCAAGCCCGAGCGUUGGUUUGAGGAUGGAGUUCUUCGUAAUGUCUCUCCAUUCAAGUUCACUGCUUUCCAGGCUGGACCUCGAAUUUGCUUGGGAAAAGAUUCUGCAUAUUUACAGAUGAAGAUGACUCUGGCAAUCCUAUGCAGGUUCUUCACAUUCACUCUGGUGCCAAACCAUCCGGUGCAUUACAGGAUGAUGACGAUAUUAUCGAUGGCUCAUGGACUAAAGCUUCAUGUCUCUAGAUGUGUAUGAUCGUCUUCAUGCUGUGAACUUUAUAGGUCACAUACAAUUUUAAGUUCCAAUGUCAGAGAUAUUUAGAUCGGGGAAGAAAAUCUCUAUUGAAUCAAGUAACAGGCAUCAGUUGUGGUGUUCUACGAAUUGUUUGUUGCACAGACCCCAUUUCUCUCUCAUUCCUAGUUAUCAUAUUUAUUUUGAUAUUGACAGGGAAAAAAGUUUUAAUUUUGGAAGAUGUUGAAGGACUAAAUUCAUCACUUCAAUCUGUAACUACUACAAUAUUUGCAGUACGAUUACGUAGAUUUUGAGCGCU